CUGGGAUAUAUCAUGCACAAUAAUGGCGGUCAAUCAGCAGACUUGCAAUUCUCUUACACUAACGUCUCUACUUUUAGCCUUUCUUCUCCAAACGUGUCGGACUUUUGCCGAAGAAUUGAAUUGGGAUGAGAAUGGCUACGUGUUGUACUGCCCGUGCAUGGGUCGCUUUGGAAACCAGGCAGAUCACUUCCUGGGAUCUCUGGCCUUUGCCAAGAUGUUGAACCGAACCCUGGCAGUCCCUCCCUGGAUAGUGUACCGCCACCACACACCCCCGUACAACAAUGUCCAUGUUCCCUACAGUGAGUUCUUCCAGCUGGAGGCCCUGUCGGCCUACCACCGUGUGCUCAGUCUGGAGGCCUUCAUAGAGAAGCUGGCCCCCAAACACUGGCCCUCCGGACAGAGAAAAGCCUACUGCUUUGAGACUGCUGCCCAGAGGAGUGUAGACAAAAAAUCCUGCCCCAUGAAGGAUGGGAACCCGUUUGGUCCAUUCUGGGACAACCUGGAUGUGGAGUUUGACCAGUCUGUGUUGUUCGGUGGUAUUUCCUUCAGUGCCCACCACCAUCUUCAGUGGAUUAAGAAGAAAUUCUGAAUGAAAGUCUGCGCGCGAGACCGG